AAACCCCCAGAAUAUCUAAGGUUGCUGUACCCUGCUGCAAUGUUGCCCCGGCUGGUCUGCAUCCGUGAUUAUGAAGAGCACGCCAGAUCAGUGCUUCAAAAGUCAGUAUAUGAUUAUUACAAAUCUGGGGCCAACGAUCAGGAGACCUUGGCUGAUAAUAUUAGAGCGUUUUCUAGAUGGAAGCUGUAUCCACGGAUGCUCCGGAAUGUUGGUGAUAUCGACCUGUCGACUUCUGUUUUAGGACAGAGGGUCAGCAUGCCAAUAUGUGUUGGGGCAACUGCCAUGCAGUGCAUGGCUCAUGUGGACGGGGAGCUGGCCACUGUCAGAGCCUGUCAGACCAUGGGAACAGGUAUGAUGCUGAGUUCCUGGGCCACCUCCUCAAUAGAAGAAGUGGCAGAAGCCGGCCCCAAGGCACUUCGUUGGAUGCAACUGUACAUCUACAAAGACCGUGAGGUCAGCAGGCAGCUAGUGAAGCGAGCUGAGCAGAUGGGUUACAAGGCAAUAUUUGUGACUGUGGACACCCCUUACCUGGGCAACCGCUUCGAUGAUGUGCGUAACAGAUUCAAGCUGCCGCCACAACUCAGGAUGAAAAACUUUGAAACCAAUGAUUUGGCAUUUUCUCCUAAUGGGAAUUUCGGAGACAACAGUGGACUUGCUGAAUAUGUGGCACAAGCCAUAGACCCAUCUCUCAGCUGGGAUGACAUUAAAUGGCUCAGACGAUUGACAUCACUGCCUAUUGUUGUAAAGGGCAUUUUGAGAGGCGAUGAUGCUAGAGAAGCUCUGAAGCAUGGUGUGGACGGGAUCUUGGUGUCCAAUCACGGGGCGAGACAACUGGAUGGUGUGCCAGCUACUAUUGAUGCUCUGCCAGAAAUCAUCGAGGCUGUGGAAGGGAAGGUGGAAGUCUUCCUGGACGGAGGUGUAAGGAAGGGCACUGAUGUUCUCAAAGCUCUGGCCCUGGGAGCCAAGGCUGUGUUUGUGGGGAGACCCAUCAUAUGGGGCUUGGCUUUCCAGGGAGAAAAAGGUGUUCAAGAUGUCCUUGAGAUCCUGAAGGAAGAAUUCCGGCUGGCCAUGGCUCUCAGCGGGUGCCAGAAUGUGAAAGUCAUCGACAAGACAUUGGUGAGGAAAAAUCCUUUGGCCGUUUCCAAGAUCUGACAGUGCACAAUAUUUUCCCAUCUGUAUUAUUUUUUUUCCAGCAUGUAUUACUUGACAAAGAGACACUGUGCAGAGGGUGACCACAGACUGUAACUCCCCACUUCAAUACAAAGGGUGUCGUUCUUCUCCAACAAAAUAGCGAUCCCUUUUCGUUCAUUGCUUUUGACUUUUCAAUGGGUGUCCUAGGAACCUUUUAGAAAGAAAUGGACUUGCAUCCUGGAAAUAUAUUAACUGUUAAAAAGAAAACAUUGAAAAUGUGUUUAGACAACGUCAUCCCCUGGCAGGCUUAAGUGCUGGGAAACAAAAGAUAUCCUCUGGUAAAAUUGGAGGUAGUGGACUGAAGGAAAAGAUAAUGACCUCCCUGUUUAUUAACCUGUCUUAUGUUUAGAUUUCCUUAAGACAGUGCUUCUUACAGUGUGUGCUGGGCUGUGAAAUGCUGGAAAUGCCCAAAGAAACAUGACGCUUGGAUCUGCUGUGUUGAGAAAACAGCACUAGGUAGAAUUGAAAUGGAUGGUGGUCAUUUGUGAUUUUUCUAGGGACUUUUUGACUUUUAGCACCUAGGUCUCUGAAGGUGUAUUUCCAGCCAUGUAUUGAGUAUGUGAAUGUACCUGAAUGCCGUGUGGUCGUCACCCUGUUUGAAAAGGAUAUGUCUUGUCCACUUGGGCCAACAUGAAAUGACUUUCAUUUUUGAACUCUGUCUACUCAUUCCUUUUUUUUGAAAUACUGAUUUCCUAGCUCCCCCUGAAUCUUUCCCAAUCCUCCUCACUUAUAGCCACAUUUAGGGUCAAGUAUGUAUUUUGUGGGGUUCAUGGUGAAUAAAGAUAAGGAAUUUUUGCUCAGAAGGAAGCCCCCCCUGCAAAAAAAGCCAUUUACUUUUACCACAAUAAUUUCCAUAAUUGUCAAUGUUGCUUUCUUGUUUUUUUCUACUUAAUGUCAUUCUUCCUUGGACAUGGGGCAGUAAAGACAUUCUACCAUGCCAACUGAAGACCCUAUGAAAUACCUAUGGUUCUCACUUGCACCUUGCCCUUCUUAGACCCAUGCCCCAGGACUUGCACAGUGUGGCACAACUUGACUCAGUAUACACUCCACUUGUCUCAUUGAAUGUCACUUCAAAGACACAGUUUUUGAAGGUAAAAUUGUUAGUCGUUUAAAUACAACAACCCUUCUGUACACUGUGAAGGUAACAACACAGGGCUGUUAGUUUUAGUCCCAAUGUGAGAUUUCUGCAAGGGGAGGCACACUUGCCUUCUGCAGUAAUUCUGAUCAAACAUUAUGGAGUGUUGAAUGAAGUCACUGAGAAAGAGACUUGCCAUCUUGUGAUCUUCUCCAUUCAGCUUCUGAAUCCCAGGUCACUGCUAAAUGAUAGCAGUGUGGACUUGGGUUUUCCUUUUGAAAUUAUGUCUAUGUUUGAUUGAAACAAGAAGUCACUUAUUCUGAUAAAAAUGGGAAGAGUUAGCUUUCAUCUUUUCCUCCAGAUGUGGAGGAAACAUUAUCUUCAUAUUGUACCAUGCUGUACUUUCUAGUUAAUCAGUGAAGAAGUGUUCCUUACUGAUUAGCAAUUUUUUUGCUGUUAAUGUGCAAUAUGCAUUGUGGCUGCAUUGCUGGGGAUGCCAUCCAAAAAUGCUGAUAGUAGUUCAGGAAGUGAAGUUCCAUAAGAAGGAUUUAUUCAAGUUACAACAAGAAUGGAUGUAGAUGUGUAAAUUUCCUGUAACUUUUUGUAACAUCAGAACUAUGCUAUGUAGAUUUCUUUUAAUGUCUUCAGGGAUAGACUAUGUCCCCAAACCCCAGGUUGGGUAAAUUUUCUAUAACCAGAAAGAUACAGUUAUUUGGAUCUGUUGGAAAGAAAUAAGGGUACAGGAAUGGUUGAGGCAGGAAUGGAGAGGGUUGAUUACACAUUGCUUUCCGGGAGUUCUGCCAUUAAACUUUGUGAUUGUCUUUUC